AUGCACGCGCCCCGUUGCAACCUCCUCCUCGUCUUCGUCGCUUGUCAUUUCGCGACUGGUGGUCUGUCCUUGCCGGCCUCGACGACCUACGAUCAACGACAAACUGGUGACGUGAACGUGCAGGUCCAUCUGAAGGAUGUGCGAGUGGUCGCGUUGUUGAACUCGGAGAUACUUGACGAUUACACGGAGUAUGAUUACUUCUACGACUACGCCGACUUCACGUUGAAACCGAUCCUCAAGCCCACUACCACCACCACCACCACCACCACUACCACCACUGAGACAGUUUCAUCAGCUACAGAAGACGUUCAACAAUCGAACUCUUUCUCGCAAGAUUCAACUCAGUCUCCUCCAACCAGUGAGUCAACUACGAACUCUACCUUCGUACAAAGCAUGGUGGAUAUUGAGAAAACGAACGAAACCGCCUCGAACGAAAAUUCAGAAAUUUCAGAAAGUACAAAAGCCAGGAGUCCGUUUGAGAAUGAGCUGGAAAAUCCAACGAUGCGAAGCAACGGGGAAUUAUCCACGGAGGAUCCGUCCGAAAGAUUGUCUGGGAAACGAUACAGAUCAGAAUCGCUGGAUGAGAAGGGUCGCUGUCAUCGUCUGAAUCAACGAAGAUUAUCGCUAAUUCCGCACUCUACCUGACGGAUCGUCAAUCUCGCGAGUAAACGCAGCCCCAGCGACCUACGAUCAGCAACAAAACGGCGACUUGAACGUGGACGCGAAGUUCGAGAAUUUUUUGGUAGUGGUCGCCACUUCCGGCAGCGGUGAUCUGCUCGGCAAUCUGGCGUCGCAGGUGUUCCGCCUGAACAGGCUGAGCUCACAGCAAGCUCGUAGCAAACAGCAGAGCGGGAAGAACUCGUCUGAAACGGUGGUUUAUGAGACAGAGGAUGCAGAUGGCGGGAGAGAGCCUUACCACGUCGAGAUCGUUCAUAUAGAUAAGGAGGGAAACUUCACGGCUGCCCGAAGUAAACACUCCGACGAGUCGUACGGAGCUAAAAAUAGAGAAAACACCGAGUUAAAUGCGUCGUUGAAGGAUUCCAAAAGUUUGGAUUCCUUGCAAAGCGUCAGCGAUUCAAAGGUAUCUAUCGAUGAUAGUAAAACGACGAUAAAGAAGAUUAGGAGUCUUUGGAAUGCCGAGGAGCAUCAGUUCGUUGACAGUCCGAUAAAAGGAAAUAAAAGAUCAGCCAACAUCAGGAAUUCGCAAGUGGAAAACCUCCACCAUUCGGAGGACCUGUCGGUUAAAGAGGAGGCAUUGAGAGCAACGAGACCGGGCAUAUCGUUGAAAAAACAAUUGUCGAAAAAAGAAGAGAAGGAGGAGGAGAAUGAGGAAGAAGACGUACCUUUGAUUUCCGAAAAGAGGAACGAAUUGGGCAACACGCUGGUGGAACAGGAGCUGGUAUUGCUGGGAGGUGGUAUCGAGAACUGUGGGCCUGGAAGAUUUAGGGAUAAAUUAGGCAUCUGUCAAACCGACAAGAAUUUUAAUUAAAACACAGCUUAGUUCAGUAGGUGCACAAGUACCUAUAUACAGGUACAUAGAAUUUCACGCAGAAAAGUAUGUAAGAAGAAAUUGUAUAAAAAGUUCGAGCACAAACUUUGUUUUUUCUCUCAUAAACGUUUGUAUCAUGCAUGUAUUGUACUGUUUGCGUCACGAAGAAAUAAAUU